AUGUCUUUUUCUAAUCUAUCUCUUCUAUCUCUGUUCUAUUUCUUCCCAUCAUGCCAUGUCUCUUCUUUUCUAUUUGUCUCAGUUAUCCACUGUUCUUCUGCCUCUCCACUGUUUCUGCAUUACAUCUUUCCCCAUAAUUCUCUUCCCAUCUAUCCCAUUAUCCACAUGUUCUCUGCCUUAUCUCUGCAUUACAUCUUUCCCAUAAUUCUCUUCCCAUCUAUCCCAGUCUUUUCUAAUUUAUCCACUGUUCCUGCCUCUCUGCAUUACAUCUUUCCCAUAAUUCUCUUCCCAUCUAUCCCAGUCUUUUCUAAUUUAUCCACUGUUCCUGCCUCUCUGCAUUACAUCUUUCCCAUAAUUCUCUUCCCAUCUAUCCCAGUCUUUUUAAUCUAUGUAUCCACAUCUCUUCUAAUCUAUCUCUUCAUCUUUAUCCACUGUUUUGCCUCUCUGCCAUCUCUGCAUUACAUCUUUCCCAUAAUUCUCUUCCAUCUAUCCCAGUCUUUUCUAAUUUCUCCACUUUCAAUCCAUGCCCUGCCCUCUGCAUUUCAUCUUUCCCAUAAUUUCUUCCCAUCUAUCCCAGUCUUUUCUAAUCUAUGUAUCCACAUCUCUUUAUCUAUCUCUUCAUCUGUUCUAUUUCCACAUGCCAUGUCUCUUCCAUUUGUCUCCUUAUCCAUGUUUCUUUUCUCUGCAUUACUCCGCGGACCAAAUAUGUCCCAUGUAUUAUAG